AUGGAAUCCGACCGCCGCUACCUCCUCUUCCUGUUCCUCCUAUCCCUCGCCUUCCCCUCCACAUCAAAAAUUCCACGUACUUCAGAAAAUGACUACAGCUUCGACACCUCACCGCCACCGGCGGCGCCGCCCCCGCCGACUGUCCAACCAAACACCACCCUCGAAUACAUGGACCCUACUAUGCCUCCUCUCCUUCCCGCCCAAAACCCCCAAUGCUCCCUCCAAAUCCUCCAACGUGAUUUCGCCGCCACCGCCGCUUCUAGUUCUCCUCCUGCAUUCUUCAGCUACACUCCGCCGGCCAACUGCCCUUCCCCUUGGUCCCGCGUCAUCCUCGAACUCUCCGCCGCCGCAUCUGACAUACAAAAGGACCGAAUCGCCGCCAUCUGGAUCGCUGGCGCCGAAAUUCUCCGCACCUCUACCCCGUUUUCCUUAUCCCCUGGCGUUUUCUGGCGAGUCCGGAAAGACAUUACCCGCUACACCGCCCUCCUCCGCCGUCCCACCCGCUUCUCUAUCAUGCUGGAAAACAACCCCAACGCUACACUCACCGGAAUCUACUCCGUUAACGUCUCCCUCCACUUCUACCGCGGCGCAGUGAAUCGCCUGAACUCCCACCCCAUCAUUCGCGGUUUGUAUCGUGAACCGGCCGAUCUCAUCAUCCCCAUCUCUAACCCGACUGGCCCGGAUUGCUGGUUCCGGGUUACCAACGAAACCGACGUCCGAACCCGUACGGUCCUUAUCCCCAACAACACAUACCGAGCUGUUUUAGAAGUCUAUGUCUCGAACCACGGCGACGACCAGUAUUGGUACGCGAACCCCCUCCGGUCAAACGAUGUCGGGGUCGCCGGAACCGACGGUCUAGCGUCGAGAAAACCGAAUGGCGGGUUCCGGCAAGUGGUGGCUACAGUCGACGGACGAUACGUUGGGUCCGCGGUGCCGUUCCCCGUAAUCUCGCCGGGGUCGGUGAAUCCUUUCUUCUGGGCUCCAGUGGCGGCCAUCGGCGCAUACGACCACCCUUCCUAUGACCUCGAACUGACUCCCUUUGUCGGGAAUCUUCUCGACGGGAAGCCCCAUGAGUUCGGUUUAACGGUGAAGGAAAGCCAGCCGUAUUGGCUGGUGGAUGCGAAUCUCCAUUUAUGGCUCGACGCCUGGUCAGACGCGGUGGAGGGCGGGCUGGUUCGGUACAAGGUGCCGCCUUUGCAUCUCGGCCGGCAAGCGGAUUGGAAAAACGCAGAUGGGAAGUCGGAAAUGGAAGGGCAAGUGAUAAUCCGUUUCUCCGGGUGGGUGAGUUCGUCGGCGGGGAAUGUGACGACGAGUGUUCGGCAUAAGUUCAAGUUUAAGAGCCAUGUGGAGGUGGAGGAGAAAGGGGAGAUGAAGAGCGUGGAUAUGGAGACUAAGGCGAGAACGAAUUUGAGGAUUGAGAAGGAUCACGUGGUGAUUGGAAGAGUGGUGGUGGAAACAGAGGCGCCGUUAAAUCUGGUGACUCACAGUUCGAAUGGGGGAGGAGGGACAAGGAUACGGAAAACGAAGCUUUUUCAUGAGAUGAUGGAGUCGAGAAGCGCGACCGAGGGGAAGACAGAGGAUUGGUUCAAUACAAUAACGGAUCGGCAGGAGUCGGAAGGGUCGGUUCUGAUUGGGGAGGAUGGAGAUGUGGUGUGGGGGAGUGGGGAUACGAAGUCGAUUUAUAAGUUUAGGGAUGAUAAAAAGUGUUAUUUGAGGACUGUUAAUAUGGUGGGAGGGAAGUUGGAGGAAGAUGAAGAGAGUUCUUCAUGCGCCGCCGCUGCUCUUUCGGGGGCAAUGGAAUCUUAG